UUCCGUGCCACUGAUAGCCGCACGCUUUGCAGAGCAUCCGUACUUUCUCACGAUAAACUUUAACACUAAACAUGCUUUUAUCAGCGUUAUCCCGGCCGUGCGCGCUCCACGGGCCGCUCCGGGCGCUCAGAGUCACCGUAGCCGGGAGAGGAGCCUGUGUGUCGGCCUUCAGCUGCGGACCGGAGCCGCUCGUGCGCGCCGCGGGGAGGUCACUGCUCCGGCACGAGAGUUUGCGUGUGCCCGGUCGUGUUCUCUGUCCUCCCUCUCGCUGGGCGUCCUCCGGGCCACAGUCGUCCGAUGGACAGCUCAUCUACACGGGGAGUCUGGGCACCGCCGUCCGAGGUGUGAAGGCGUUCUCCUACAGCACGAGCGGGGCCAGCCUGCUCCUCAUGCCCCACAUCCUGGUGACCACGGGCCUGAGCGCCCACAGCUGGGCCUAUCAGCUCCUGUUCUGCGGCGUCAUCGGCCUGUUCACCUUCAUCACGCCCGUCCUGCUGCACCUCGUCACCCGGGGCUACGUGGUCCGGCUUUACCACCAGCCGGAGCGCGACACGUACACCGCCGUCACCUACAGCGUCUUCCUCACCGAGAAGAGGACCAGGUUCCAUCAGGGGCAGGUGCGCAUCCCGUCCGUCAGCAAGAUGUUCACCACGUUCUACGCCGACAAGACGGGCCUGCUGGUGAACCCGGACUUGUUCAGCGUGCCCCAGGACUACAACCACCUCAUGGGCUACGACAAACCCUUCAGCUUCAGCCCGGAGCAGAUGGACGAAAGCUGAAGAAGAACCAACUCUAGACUUUAGACCCGAUACAGAGUCUGGCUUUGUUUGUUGUACCGUAAUUUCCGGACUAUACGUCGCAUCUUUUCCUCACACUUUGAACCCUUUUACAAGUAGGGGUGUACAAAAAUAUCCAAAUAUCGAUAUAUCGUACCGUUUAAUGUGAUGAUACAGUAUCGAUAUUGUGGGCUGCUGUAUCAGUAUAUCUCCAAGAGUUAUUUUUGGUAUAUUUUACUAAAUUAUUUUGUUAUAAAGCUACAGUUUUUGUUGUUUGUUUAGUGGAAGGAAACUUAUUCAUGUGACACAUUUGACAUUUUCACUGUUUUGAUGAUUAAAAUGUUUGUGUUUCAUAAUUUAUCAAAGACUUUUAGUGUCACAGCCAUGAUUUAGCCUUUAUUUUUUUAUAGAACUGUAUCGAAUCGAUUUGAAAUAUACUGUAUCGAACUGAAACUGUGUAUCAUAUCGGCAACUUCUUAUUGAUACCGAGCCCUAUUUACAAAAAUGCGGCUAAUAUAUGGACGGAUUAUUUAUGUUUGUUACAUUGCCCAUUCAUAUACAUGGUCUGUGGUUUGGCAGAAGUGCAGAAAGUGCUGCCGUGUGUGCGGUUAACUGGAAGUUACAGUGUUAGUGCUGUCGUCAGCACUAAAGUGAGUCUGAUACGUUUUAAUGACCCGUAUGUGUUAAAUGCAUGUGAGUGCGUAAACGAUGAGAAGAAACAUCUCAAAGUUCAUCAGCCGGACAUCUACUCAUACCUAAUCUAUAGAACUAUCCCCGCCUCUGGGAGAGAAUGAAAUCUGCUGAAAUCCUCCAAGACACUGACAUGAUCCAGACAGGACACAGACUCUUUCUACAGGAGACGUGUGCAGUAGAGCGUGGGGAGAGACGAGGCUGACGCGCCGAAGAAGAUUCUCGUUUGAUUGUGUUUUGAACAUUUUGUGCUUCAUACACACACCCUCCUCAUGGAAAACACACGAAGAAAUGCAGAUGAUGCAGCUUUUAAGUUAAAGGUGAUCGAUGUGGCUGUUGAAGAAGGAAACAGAGCUGCUGCACGUGAGCUCUGUUUGGUGAGACGUUGACAAUGGCAGUGCGACAAACUGACGACAAAACCUUUCAGAGGCGAUAAAAGCAGACGGCCCGAACUUGAAAAUGUUCUCAAAGAUGUGGAUACCUGCGGCUUAUAGACAGGUGCCGCCUUUAAUUUAAAAAAUAAUACAUUAUUUUAAAAUUUUAUUGAUGCGGCUUUUAUUUAGGUGCGCUCAAUAGUCCGGAAAUUACGGUAAAUAAAAGAAACACGUCCUCUGACUUGUGGGAGCUGACAUUGCCGUAAACGUCAUCACAGCAACGAGGCGUGAAGCUGGCACGCCGCACUAAUGAGCUGCAGAUUAUUUUUCAUUUGUACCAAAAUGUGUUGUCACUCAACGCUGCCCGAUGGUACGUGUAUCACGUGUAUCACCGAUUAAGAAAAUAAAACAGGAGAACAAAGUCAGUACGUCGCAGUGGGAGUGUACUGGUGAAAACAGGAGUCAACUAACAAAAUGGCGUCUUGAAAAUAAGCGAUUAAAGACCGCUCAAACAUGCACGGAUCACUUCAAAUACAAUAUUUGCAUGAGGAAAUAAGGAGAAGAACAUGUGGACUUUGCAUAAUCUGUUUGCUUUAAAACAAAGACUAAAAGGAAGAGAAACUGAGAAUCUGCUGUGUCAGACAAAAUAGACAUUGACUGACAUUGUUGCUUCAUUUUAGUAAUAAAAUAGCUCCAUAUACAGUUUGAUUUUUUUUUUUUUUCAUAAGGAACAAUGUGUUCUUUGAAUUAUGAUCCUAGAUGCUUCACUCAGAGGAAGAUGUGGUUUGCCUGUAGCCCUUUGUGUCAUAUCGUAAACAUUGUAAAGGGCUGCACACCUCUGUGAAGUUGACCCCCAUCAAAUCCAAACCUACAUAAAAACUAUGUCAAUCGUUUGUGCUGCAAAAAAUGUUAUUUGUGCUGCUUUAGUUUUUGAGAUAUUAAUGAUUCUUUU